GAAAGCGAACUGGUGGCAGUACGGAGUGGUAGCGCCGAGCUCAGUAUAACUAAAAGAACCCAACGCGUCCACAUCGAGCGACUUUAGUAAAGGGAGAUAAAGAGAGAGAGCCUGCACCUUAAACCAGUCGUUGUAUCUGGAAAGGGUCGCCGCAGCCUGGAGGGGGAACGAGGGAUUUGAUCAGCACCGUUAUUUUUUAUUUUGUGUUUUCUUUUUCUUUUCUUUUUUUCUGGAGAAGGAUUGUGAGCGUUUGUGUGCAAAGAUGAUGGUCGGGGAGAUGGAGGUGAAGGAGAGACCGAGGCCGAGUCCCGACUAUCUCAUGCAGUUAUUGAACGAGAAGAAGCUCAUGACGAGUUUACCGAACCUGUGCGGCAUCUUCACACACCUGGAGAGACUCUUGGACGAAGAGAUAAACAGAGUGAGGAAAGACAUGUAUAACGACACAGUGAACGGUCUGGUGGACAAACACCCCCUGGAGUUACCAGAGCCAGUGGGACCCAUCAUACAUCUGCAGGAGAAACUCUUUGUACCUGUCAAAGAGUAUCCAGAUUAUAAUUUUGUAGGGAGAAUUCUUGGUCCUCGUGGACUCACAGCAAAGCAACUGGAGGCAGAGACUGGCUGCAAGAUCAUGGUGAGAGGGAGGAGCUCCAUGAGAGACAGAAAGAAGGAGGAGCAGAACAGAGGGAAACCAAACUGGGAGCACCUAAAUGAAGAGCUGCACGUGCUGAUCACAGUGGAGGACACACAGACACGUGCUGAGGUUAAGAUGAGAAGAGCUGUCGAAGAGGUCAAGAAGCUACUGGUGCCUGCAGCAGAAGGAGAAGAUAAUCUAAAGAAGAUGCAGCUGAUGGAGCUGGCCAUUCUGAACGGAACAUACAGAGACACCAACAUCAAAACGUCCACCCUUGCGUUCUCUCUUGCAGCAGCGGCAGCAGCCGCUCAAGGUCCGCGUCUGAUCGCGGCUCCUGCAGGUCAGGUCCUCCCCCCAUCUGCCCUCAGGCCCCCAACUCCGGCAGGGACCCCCAUCAUGAACCUCAUUCGGCCCACUCAGAUGGCCACCAUGCUACCUAAUGGCACCCCUACCCUGGUGCCCCCAACGCCAGACGGAGGCAUUAUCUACACCACACCCUAUGACUACCCUUAUGCCUUGGCGCCCACAUCUCUGCUGGAAUAUCCCAUCGAGCACAGUGGAGUCCUAGGUAAGCGGGUGUGGGGGCUUGGCACUUCACUCUUCGGUGCCCCACAAGAGGGUACUGUCGGGAUGUUUUACGGGGGGAUGUUCGAUGGCUGGUCAUCCGGCCCAUUUCAGGACUCACUGAGAGGUGCUAUGGCUACUAAAGUGCGGCGACAUGAUUCAAGGGUCCAUCCUUACCAAAGGAUAGUGACCACAGACAGAGCCGCCACCGGCAACUAACAAAUGAACUCUGAACUCUUCACCCAAUGAUGAGCCGCCCGAGCCUGCCUGCUGAUCAGAUUAACUGGUAAUUGCCUUUUGCUAGCCUGGUGGACGCAGAGAGAGAGAGGCACCUGUCCGAGCAGUGAUCCUAACAUAAACCAACAUAAAACACAACAACCCUCCAUACCAACACAUUGUGUAGCGAUAACAACGAUGAUACUCUUUAUUAUUUGAUGUUGUUUUUUAUUAUUAUUAUUAUUUCUUUCUUUUUCUUUUUAAAUCUGACUGGGUGAAUGGUAACAGUGAUGUUGCAUUUCCCGAAAAUCUGCACUGAAGUUUAAAAGCAAUAAAGAAGCGUCUUCUGCUAAUUCAGCCCUUAAUACAUUUAUACGCAAAAUAAAUGUACAAAUAAAAAUAAUUAAAAAAUAAGAGUGAGAAAGAAAUAGAAAGCUUGGUGACCCUAGUUUUAUCAGUCAUAAUGAUAAACGGGACAUCAGCAUCCAGAUUGUCUAUACGCUACCCCACCCAUGUAAUCUGUUACUAUAAAUCAGAAAAAGAAAAAGAAGGAAAGAAAUCUGCACUCACACCAACUUGUGUAUUUCCUGUCCUCCUCUGAUGUAAUCCUGUGUUUUUCACUUGAUGAGUUUUACUGUGCUGACACAUUCUGGGUGUGCCUGUCCAGCUGACUUAAAGCAUGGCUACAAUGACAGAAUGCACAAAGCUUGGUUUGAUUUCUUUCUGUUACUUCUCCCCGUUUCGUUUCCAUGUAUUUUAUUAGCGUUCGGCAAUACUUGCAGGUUUAUAUGUGCUGCUCAUUGCAGAAUCUGUGCCAGUUUAGUAUGGGGCAGAGUCAGGCAGGGCAAGAGAUUUGGGGUGAAGUGUUUUUGGAAUCUUCAGGAUAUUCAGGGUUGGACAGCUGGGAUAUGAACCGGAAUCAGUUUACUGAACUAUGCCAUCCUAAAAACUCUCAACCCCUCCCAACAUAUAGUGCCUGAACUUUCUAAAAUGUUUUCUUUGAAUGAGCUCUGAGAUUAAAGACAAAAAAAAAGUAUUAUGUGUGCGCAUUUAGCCAAAGGGUUUCCAUUUAAUGAAUUUCAUAUAUAUAUAUACAUGAGUAUGUAUCUAACCGCCAAGUGUUCUGUCAUUUUAUUCUAGAGUUUGAAAAGGUUUGAUGUCAUGCCUAUAUCUGUUUGUUAUAAUAGCAAAUCAAAAGAUGGAUGAAAUGGUGAUUAAUUGUCCCACAAGACGCUAAUUUCCUUGAGGGGGAAUAAAAACUAUGAACACUAAGAUGAAUGAAGUAGACAGAACGGGGGAGGGUUUAACCUCACUGCUGUAUGUACACGUUUACUUUUUGUUUGGUGAUUUUUCUAAAUUUCUUAUUUCUUUUUCUUUUUUUCUUUUCUAUUUCUCUUCCCCCAUCCCACCUUCCAAAAAUGUAUACAACUGAGCUGAAACUACAUGCAGGUGUUCUUGCCUUCAUGAAUUGAAAUGUACGAGUGGGAAGCAACUGAGUUUAGAUUUGUUUCCAGACCCGUAUCAAAUAGCCCAUCCACAAUGUGUCCUGCACACCCCCAGCUACUGAGCCCACUCUCAGUUCUGUACACCCCCUCAAAAAAACAUAGGAUGUGAAAGCCAUGUCUGCCUGUUCGAAUUGCUUUAUACAUACAUUAUAUAUAUAUAUAAAUGUAUACAAAUGUAGAUAUUUCAUUGCAUAUUAAAAUGCCGAAAGAUCAAAAUUAGAUACUUUUACAGGGUGCUGGAGAAGAAAUAUAUAUUUUUGCCAAUUUUAGCUUUUUAUACUUAACUUGCAGUUACAAAAUAUUAAACCUAAUACAAAAAAAGUAUAUAAUGUUUGUAGAAUAGUACAGCGUAAGGUGGUAAAGAAAUGUUGUGUGACUUUGGAUAUUAUUGACCAGGAGGGGAAAAAAAACAGACCAAAAUAGUCAAACCUUGGAAUGUUGGAGGAAUGAUGUUAAAGGAGAGGAGAACAGUUAGAGAGAGAUAAGUGCCUUACUGAUGGUCGUUUCUUUUUCCGAGUGUUACAUUCUGUCCAAUAAUAUCCAGCACCAACUAGGAUAGUGCAGAUCAAGCGAGGGAGGGAGGGUUUGUGAGGAAGCACCCUAAGAGUUAAACCACGAGGCUGUUGCAGUGUUGUGCCACUGAAUCUAUUCUAUGCAAAGGAAUAGCAGUCAUUUGACCAGCUAACUAUGUGCCAUGAUUCGUCUUCCCAAGAUUGAGUUGAAGUUUUGUUGUUUUUACUUUAAUCUCCAUUUGAACAAAGUGUGUAUUUUCUCUUUAUUUUACCUGCGUUAUUAUUCUUCUAUUAUGAGGUCACAAUCAGCAAUGCUGUCUAUGUAUUUGGUUACUGUGAUUUUUGUCAAGAACAACUGCCAAUCAUGAUGCGGAAGUCUGCCAGGUGUUUUAGAAGGCAGAUUUCAAAAAGAACUCAAUGAAUUGGACUUCACCUGAAACCUCCUCUUGUUUCAAGAUUUGCAAACUGGAAGCUUUCGAUCAUAUUUGCCAAAACAUACUCUUAUUUUAUGCCAAGGAAGUGUUUUUGCUUUUGGUUUUAAAAAACAGGAAGAAGGGAAGAGGGAAAAUGUGUUCCGCUUACUUUGGGAAAGUCUUUUUGGUGUUUCACAAAGGAUAGAUGUAGCAUUACAGUGCACUGAUCUGAAGGGAGCAAGUCAUGUGUGGAGAGGGAAAAUAUAGCAUUUACUCAAAGUAUUACUGAGAGGAAGGUCAUUGGGAUAUUCAUCAGUGCCAAAGCCGAACAGUCACAGAAGAGCCACAGUAUCAAAUCACACGCUAAUGAUCAGGUCCGCCCCGAGCAGUUUUCAGUCGUUGAAACAACCGGAGGUGUUCAUCACAUUGAAUAAGAUUACAUUCAGCUUUGUGUCCUGUAACCCUGGCAGUCUUUAAUGUAGUCUUGUUCUUCACUUCUGUUACAAAAAAAGGUCAAUGUCUUCUCAGUGUUAAAUACAUGUUUUUUAACAUAUUGAAAUAAUGAAAUGCAAUAUUGGAGAGGAGCAAAGAUGACUACAGAGCAAAUGGACAGUAUUAAACAAAUCUCAUGUUACUACAGUUACUACAUGCUGUUAAUGUUUUGGACUUGGGUUUAGUCUUUCAGGUGUAUGGAGAAAACUCUUCUGCCUGCCUACUACAUGUGUAAAUGUAAAUUACAGGUUUCUAAUGUAUUUUUCUAACUUCAUUUUCUAUGUACAAUAUUUUUUUUCUGAUGAAACCCACUACACCUGUAUUUUAUUCUUCAUGUCCUCUGUCCUCCUCCGCCCUCCCUCUCAGCCCACUCUUCACUCAGAUCUGUCUCUCAUUGGGAGCGUUGCCUUUUCCUACAGUUAUUGUUUUCUUGCCGAUUCUUUAGCUUGUUUAACUCAUUAGCAACUUAUUAGUUCUUCUUGUCAUAGGUAUUUUUACAUGCUUGCAUUUCGUUUUUUAUGGUGUAUGCUGUUAUUUUUUUCUUAUUAACCUCCUUGGCAUUUAUUUUAAUAAACAUUCUUAGUAAGAAUUUA